UUCACCCUUUGCCAUUCUUUAUUAUCCCAUCCUCUAAGCCUCAUAACCAUGCUCCAAAAACUAGUCACCUUCACCUCACAUACUCUGUCAUGGUGGUGGUGGACGACCAAAAGCAAUGGCUAUGAGCUUUCGUUGUCGAACAUAUAUCUCACUGCCACCGUGUUGGUUAUCCUCACCACCAUGUCAUAGUUUGCAUGGACAUUCAUCAACCAAUCAAAAAAGAACAAGCCACGACCAUCAUUGCCACCAGGACCUCAACCCCUACCCCUACUUGGGAACCUCCUCUCUCUUGGCCCCGAGUUUCACACAUAUAUCACAAACCUGGCUAAGACCUACGGUCCCAUCCUCACCCUCUGGCUCGGCCAAAAGCUCACCAUCGUAGUCAGCUCUCCGGCCAUCGCACGCGAGAUGCUCAAAGACCACGACACCACCUUCGCCAACCGUGAUGUCUCUGUCGCGGCCAGGCAGUCAGCCUACGGUGGCGGUGACGUGGCGUGGAGUCACUACGGUUCCGAGUGGCGGAUGCUCAGGAAGUUGGCUGUGCGUGGAAUGCUCUCCAACACUCGGUUGGACUCUGUCUACAGUCUUCGGCGCCGGGAGAUCCGGAGAACAAUCGGGUAUAUCUUCCGAAACCGGGUCGGGUUUCCGGUGAACAUAAGUGAUCAGAUGUUUUUUAUUAUGUUCAACGUUGUUACGAACAUGUUGUGGGGUUGUAGCAUUGAGGGGGAGGAUAGAGUUAGCAUCGAUGGGAUGAUUCAGUUGUUGGGGAAGCCUAACAUAUCGGAUUUUUAUCCGGGUUUGGCCCGUUUUGAUUUGCAGGGGAUUGAAAAGAAGAUGAGAGGGAUGAUGAAACGGGUGGAUGAGAUCUUCGACAUGAUGAUCGAUCAACGGAUGAAACGGGAUGGAGAGGGUGGGGAGAAGGAGAGUAAGGAUUUCUUGCAAUUUUUGUUGGAGCAGAAAGAUGGAGGAGGUGAAGCCAAAACCCUUCUCACCAUAGCACAGGUCAAAGCUAUGCUCAUGGUAUAA